CGGCAUGCCUUGCCACGACGUAAUCCAAGAUGGCGGCGCCCAUGCGGAUUGGCGCCCUUCUAACUUCUGCGGGAAAGUAUGUUCUGAGACCUGAGGUGACCAGACCAUGUGCAGCCCUCCUCCAACAUGCACCACUCACUACUGACGCAGGGGGGAGUACCACCCCACCCCAGGGGGCCAAGGCACCACCACCUCCUCCCCCCAAGGCCGCAGAAGCAGAGGGAGGGAGUGUUCCUGAAGUUGGGGAAUCACUGGCAGCCAAGGCACACCAGGAUCUAGCAGGUCAGCCCACAACCAUCUCAGCAGCUGUAGCAGAGAUGGCAGCAGCAGCAGAGGAAGCCAAGUCUCAGUCUACCACUGGGGAAGGGCUGGCGUCUGAAGGGACAACAUCCUCAAGCUCAAGCUCUGGGUCGAGUUCAAGCUCUGGGACAAGUUCAAGCUCUAGUUCAGAUUCUGAAGGGGAGACAGUCGGUGGACAAGCAGACAUUAUAACUAAAGAACCAGAGGCUGCAGAGGUGAUAACUAAAGAACCGGAGGCUGCAGAGGUGAUAACUAAAGAACCAGAGGCUGCAGAGGUGAUAACUAAAGAACCAGAGGCUGCAGAGGUGAUAACUAAAGACCCAGAGGCUGCAGAAGUGAUAACUAAAGAACCAGAGGCUUCAGAGGUGAUAACUAAAGCUGCAGAGGCUGCAGGGGUGAUAACUAAAGCUGCAGAGGCUGCAGGGGUGAUGACUAAAGAACCAGAGGCUGCAGGGGUGAUAACUAAAAAACCAGAGGCUGCAGAAGUGAUAACUAAAGAACCAGAGGCUGCAGGGGUGAUAACUAAAAAACCAGAGGCUGCAGAAGUGAUAACUAAAGAACCAGAGGCUGCAGAAGUUAAAGAAGAAGAUGCCAAAGCUACACCACAACCAUCAGCUUUUCCAGAAGAGCAGGGUGAAGUUGACAUAAACAAAUCACCGGAGCUGGAACAAGCGGCAACUGCCCAGGCAAAUGAAGCAAGUGAAGCGCAGGUGGCAUCUGAUGAACACCUGUCAGCAGGUGGAGACGGCACACCUGGUCUGGAUGGGGAGGCAGCAGAGACAGGUGAGGGAGGCAGGUUGUUGUAGGACAGAUGAACCCUGUUGGCCUCCCUGUCUCGCCUCCCCCACCCACCUCUCAUGUACAACACAUGUACCACACUGACUCUUCUCUCUCUCUCUGUGACUAAUCUUUCAGUACACAUAUUUCCUAUUACAUAAGAUGUCUGGUAGACAGAUGAG